UGUCAUUCUGACGGGAAACCAUUCAUUUUUGUGCCUCGUUGAAUCGCAGUAUACUCAUUUAACACGACUGCACAGCUCGGCUGCACACGUUCAGUGCGUGUUGACGAGAGGUUUAAGGAAGGGAAUGUGACACUUUUUUUUAGACAGCUGGCAUAUACAGUACACAACAGUCAUGAUAACUAGGACAGGUGUAAAGAUUGUGAAAUGACUGACAGUUCAACACAGAAACACUAUUGUCUUGGUCCAUCCAGACUAAAGAGAGGCAACAGUCAUGGGAACUGAAAUCAUUAUUCUGGAGCAGCCGAUAUCUGUGUGUGUUCCACCAAACCAUAAGGUGACUUUAAGAGUUGAAGCCAUAGGCACUGGUCAUUUGACGUAUCAGUGGUUUGAUAAGCACCAGAACGAGGUGGGAGGUGGUACAGAACCCGAGCUUACACUCACUCUCCAGAAAUCUGGAUAUUACUGUUGCAGAGUAAGCGACCUGUAUUAUCAAUGCCAGAUUACAGAAUGGGUGAAAGUGAUAGUUCUGGAUGUCGAAGGUGUUUCUCACCUGUGGAGGGGGGAUCCCUAUAUAGUUAUUCACCCAAUAAGUCAGAAAGUAAAACUGGGGGAGGCAUUCACUCUUGAAUGCAAAGCACUAGGCAAACCUACGCCGACCUACCAGUGGUACAGGAACGGACAACCCCUAGGUGAACAGACGUCAGAAAUUCUUGAGAUAAAACAUGCCAGCACAGACCAUGCUGGUUCAUACCUCUGUGCUGUGUCAAAUAUUUUGGAGGAAGUAUGGUGUGAAGCAGCUGAAAUUGAAGUUGCACCUCCAGAUGAACUCCUAAUGCCCACAAUGUUUGCAACUGACAAAGUGGCCCUACUGAUUGGAAACCUAAACUACAACCACCACCCUGGUCUGAUGGCACCUACUAUGGAUGUCCAUGAACUGGCCAAUGGUCUACAUCAGUUAGGCUUCAGAGUGGUUUCUCUGCUAGAUCUCACCCUUCAAGAAAUGCAGGCUGCCAUUGAGAAGUUCUUGCAGCUCUUGGAUCGAGGGGUGUACGCUAUUUUUUACUAUGCUGGUCAUGGAUACGAAAAUUCUGGGAGAAAUUACCUGGUGGCUAUCGAUGCUCCACGACCCUACCGAACAGAGAACUGUGUGUGUGUACAGAGAGUGAUGCACAGUAUGCAGGAGAGAAAAGCCCAGCUCAACGUCAUUCUGUUAGACACCUGCAGAAAAUGGUACAAGCAGAAAGGCCCUCCAUCUGAAAUUAGCCCUUUAGCUCCUUUGGGCAACACAGUGUAUGGAUACGCUACGAGUGAAGAUGCUGAAGCGUUUGAAGUCCAAGAUGGUGGCAAGAGCACAGGAAUCUUCACAAAGUACCUGAACAAACAUAUCUCAGAGCCCCAGAAGGUGACCCAUGUCUUGGAGCAGGUCUCUGAGGAUCUGGGAAAGGACCUAUUGGUUCGUGGCAGACAGGUAGUAGAAAUCAAACACACUCUGUCAGAGCCGCGGGCCUUGACCGAUCCCGUACAAACAUCUGGACACACAAUGGAGCUCUGCCGGAGAAAUGCUUGUUGGAAACAGGCUAACGUUCUUCCAGGUCGGAAGUUUAUCAACUUUCAAGAUGGUGCUGUUCAAGUUGAGCUCAGUUUCUCUGCUCUGUUCUCCAACGUCCUUGUUGUGUUCGGCACUGUGAGAAACACAAACGCCCUUGCACAGGAAUGCACUCUUCUGCUUGACAGUGAACCAAAGAUGCAGGACAUUUUCUCAUCUUGUGGCAGAUCAGAGGAAAUGGAUUCUCUGCUUGUGUGCAGUGGAAACCCCCCUGACUGCACCCUAAGAUUAUGUUGCCUUCAGAGGCUCCAGGGGUCACUGGUGAUCAAGGUACGACUGCAGUAUAGCCACCCAGAAACUAAAAAACAACUGACUCAAAUGAAAGAGUUAGACAUAGGAAGGCCACUCAUCGCCUCCUGCAAGCUUAAUCAGUUGAGGCUAGUGGACAGGAAACAACAAAGUUGUGUCCAUACCGUGAGCCACGCGUCUAGCCUCACCUGGUCGCAUCAUCAUCUUCGACCCUACACACGCAAGGCAGAGAAUAAGUUACUGAGCUCAAUCAAACCCACCUCCAUGAGCAGCAAUAAACCGGAGGAGAAUGAUGAAAGUGACUUCACUUUGUGAUGUACCUUACUUUAACAAACACACAUUACAGUAUGACAAUGUUUAGAUGCAACAGGAUUUUUUCCUUUGUUUUUGAUUACUAAAUACCAUUUGUUAUAAGUGUGUGUGAGUGCAUGGAAUGAGACAGAGCAUUGAAAGGGAGACGUUCUCAUGAAAAUAAAUAUUUAUACUACCAAUUAAUUGUAAAUCAAAUCAAAUGUGACGUUCAUAUAAUCAAUAAAGUGCUACUUCUGGA